AUGUUCUCAUGCCUCUGUUCAUAUCUAAUGAUACUACGUCUUUCUUUCUGUCUCCUCAUACCACAUCUGUCUAUCUCUCUCACUCUUCAUACCACAUCUUUCUAUCUCUCUCUUUCUUCAUAUCACAUCUUUCUAUCCCUCUCUCUCUCUUCAUACCACAUCUUUCUAUCUCUCUCUCUUCAUACCACAUCUUUCUAUCUCUCUCUCUCUCUCUUCAUACCACAUCUUUUUCCCUCUCUCUCUCUCUUCCAUACCACAUCUUUCAUCCCUCUCUCUCCUCAUACCACAUCUUUCUAUCCCUCUCUCUCUUCAUACCACAUCUUUCUAUCUCUCUCUCUUCAUACCACAUCUUUCUAUCUCUCUCUCUCUUCAUACCACAUCUUUCUAUCCCUCUCUCUUCAUACCACAUCUUUCUAUCUCUCUCUCUUCAUACCACAUCUUUCUAUCUCUCUCUCUUCAUACCACAUCUUUCUAUCUCUCUCUCUCUCUUCAUACAUCUUUCUAUCUCUCUCUCUUCAUACCACAUCUUUCUAUCUCUCUCUCUCUCUUCAUACAUCUUUCUAUCUCUCUCUCUUCAUACCACACCUUUCUAUCACUCUCACCUCAUAA